AUGCAGCUGCAGGCUGUUCAGGGCAUUCAGAGCAGCGCUGUAAAGGCCCUCGCCAAAAACGGCGCGGAGGAGCUGCUCCAAGCUCUGCCCGUCGGGGUCGACUGCGGUAACCUGCUGGCCUGCGUGGUGGAGGCAGGCCUGGGCAUACUUGCAGAUGCAAGUGAAGCCAGCGGCGAAACGGAGGCCCUUGUGCUGGGUGUCUUGAGGGACGCGGUCACAUUGCGGUGCUACGCCGCACCGCUGAGUGCCGCGGUGCUCCAGGCUUACAUGGCGGCGAUUGCGGGGAUCAGCUCCGCGAAGGAGCGGAAGCGAAUCACGAAGGUCUACCAGGAGCCCGUGCAGCUCCUCGGUGACACAGUUCCCGCAGCACUGGCGGAGGCCUUCCGCUGGACCGUGGACCAGGCGCUGGCCCUGGAGGUGGACGCGGAGCCGCUGGUGAACCUGCUGGCCCCUGCCUGCGCGGCUGUCCCAGACGAUGGCGACGCUUCAGAGAAGCUCGUCCCAGCCGUGCAGGCCUUCCACCACAAGUCGGCCAAAGUUCGAUCCCGGGCAGUUCAGAAGGCGGUUGCGGAACUUGCCGAGCUGCCUGAGAAGGGUGGGGAAGGUGCGCAAGAGCGGUGCCGCCUGAUGGCCAGCUUGGCUCUUCAGGUGGUGAAUGACGAGAAUGCGGAGGUUGUGGCAGUGGCCCUGAAGCAGGAAGCUUUGUGGACCUCCGGCGAGGUUGCCCCGAGCAUGGCCACCUCCGUGCUAAGCACCGCUCUUCGCAGGCUUCUCCGAGGCGUCCAGCCCAAGGGGAAGAAUCUCCAAGAGCUGUUCCGAUCUUUGCUCCAAGAGGACUCGCGCGUGCGGGCCCUCUUUCCCCUCAUGAUCCAAGCAUCCGCUUGGAUCUACGGGCGCGAGGAUACAGAACAGGACGAGCGGAAGAGGCUGGAUGCCUUGCUUCUCCCUGUCCUCCUGCUGGCUUUCUCCGGCCUGGAUGCUGCAGAGGAGGCCGCCGGGCCGCUCCAGCGCUUGGAGGCCGCAGCGGCGGAGUUCUGCAAGGUGUCGGAGGAGCCGCUGCUGAAGGUCCCCGCAGGCGGUGCGGAAGCCGGCGAAGCAUGGGGUGCGCGGAUCGGGGCGGUGGCGCAGGCAGCCGAUGCCGAGGCUGCUGGGCGUCUGGCCGACCUGGCAGCCGAGGAGUCGAUUCUUGGAGGCCUCGGCAGCCAGACAGCCGCCGCCUUGGCGUUGGCCGCAUCACUCCCCCGGCUGCAGAAGAAGGCCCCACAGCUGGUGACCCGAGGUGCCACAGCCUGCCAGAGGCUCGCCAGGCUGUCGGAUUCCGCAGAGCUGAGGACGCUCUGGAAGGCCUGCGUGGAGGCUGCAGCCCCUGGCCCUUCCGGCCCCGUCCGGCGGAAGAGUGGCAAAAGCUCGACCGCCAGUGGUGCAGGUGAGGCCCCGGCGCGGGUCUUGUUGGAGGUGGCCCUGCAGCGGCCCAAGGUCUUCGCGGCAGACUUGCAGCUAAGCCUGCAGAACCAUGCGGCCGCGCUGAGACCAGCGCUGCUUCAGCUGGCGCUGGGAUCCGGGGGAAUGGAAGGCUCGCCUGCCAUCACCGCCAACGCACUUCUGCUUCUCCGCAGCCUCCUCGCCAGCUGGGGUGCUGACCAGAUGAUGCUAGUCCUGAUCCUGGCCCGCCUUGCGAGCGCAGAGGAGAGGCAAGUUCGCGCUGCCGCGGUGGCCCUGCUGGAGACUCUUCAGGAGGUGAAGAUCGCUCAGGAGUCCGGCAUCGACGCGUUAGUCGAGGAGAGGCUCUUGCUGCCGACUGCGUCUGUGGUGCCGGAGAAGGUGUGGCCCUCCUUGGGCCAGCAGCUGCCUGCCACGCUGUGGUCCACGCUCCUGGAGCGGAUCCUGAAGCAGAAGGCAGAGCUGGUACAGGACCCCAUAGCGGCCCAGAACGUCCUGCAGAAGCUCCUCGGCCUCAAGGGUGGCCUUCCGAAGACUUCACGGGAGCAGGCAUGCAGCUUCUGGCUGGUGGGCUUGGCGCGCCUGGCACCGGACCAGGCCGCGCUCCUCACCGCCCUCCCUGGCGCCCUGGCGCUGCGCAGCGUCCAGGAGCCUUUGGCCAAGACGGCGCAGUGGGCUGCAAAGUCCACAACGGCACCUGCCCUGCUGCUGGCUGCCAUGUCCCUCCUGCUGCACAUGGCCGGAGGUGCCAUGCUGAGCGCCGCCGAGAAGAUCCGGACUGCUGCCCAGGAAGCUGCGGUUGAGGCGUUGAGGCAGGUGGCUCUGCCUUUCUGCUUGGGCCUAGCAGAGGUCUGUGAGAAGGCCCAGGAGGCGCCGGCUUGGGAUUCCUCGCUGGUCCACCUGGCAAGCCGAACAUGUGCGGCGCUCAGCAAAGUGGCAGGGGCCUUGGCGGCGCAGUCGGUUCACGAGGAGGUGGUCGCCGAGUCCCUAAAGACACUCUUCAGGUUCAGCGUUGCCGUGCGUGGCUUAGCGCCGGCCGCGGACGAGAGCGGCUUCUCCUCGGUAGUUGCCACGGCCUCCUCUGCUUUGUCCGAGGCCCCAGCGAAGCCGUGGCUGGUGGAGAGGCUGCUGCAGGGCAGCGAGUUCCAGGGGAAGCGCCUCAAGGCGGCGCGCGGUGAGGUGGCAGCGGAGAUCCUUUGCGAGCAGGUGGCCAGCCUCGAAGCCUCCUUGGGUGAGGACGCCGCGGCGCUGCUCCGCAAGCUGGGGGAGGUGGUCAAGGAGGUCAUGCAAAGAUGGUUGAGGGCAGAUCCAGCUUCAAGCUGCAGCCGGAAGCCGGCCGAACAGCUGCUAGUCACGCUGCGGCGAGAGCAGGGAAUCGAGGUGAAGAGCCGGAGGAGCUGUGUUUCCUUUGGGCGGAUGACACUCUCCGCCACUGCCCUGGGCGAUGCGAUAAGCCUGCCCAGAUUUCGGGAGACCUACUUGUACAGAUGUUACGAGAGGAAUGUGCACUCAAGCGACGUGCUCACCAGUUCCGGGCUUCUGGACGAUGAUGAGGGCUUGGACCUCUCCCAGAUUAGAGUUCAGAGCGUCCCACAGCAGUUGAGCCUCUGCAUCCCGGCUUGCCCGUCAGUGCUCCCAGUUCUCAACGCCUGGGCCAGCACGGCCAUGAAAUCGCUAGCAGGAUUGGCAGGUGGCCUCCCGCUGGUUCAAGCCCUCCAAGCGCUCGGCGGCGGGGGCGGCGCUGCCUUAGACAUGCCGCUGAAGCUUGGGGGUGUCGGCUCCAUCGACGCCUUCCUGGAGGAGAGCGAGAAGUCUCUAGCCACUCACGUGGGGCUCUUUUCGCUGACCUCUGCUGUGAUGUUCAUCGGGUCCAUCAAGGGCCUGAACAAACACUCCACAGCGCGGGAGGGAAACUACAUGGGAAUGGUGGCCACUGCCCUGGGCAUCCUUUCCGUACUGCUAUCCCCUGGAUUUCACUCCGCCCAUAUCCGUUUCUUCCUAACCUUUCUAGCGGCCGGUGGAGUUGGCUAUGGCAUCGCCAGCACUGUGAAAAUGGAGGACAUGCCGCAGCUAGUUGCGGGCUUCCACUCCUUCGUGGGGCUGGCCGCGGUCUUCGCCGGCUUUGCAAGCUACUGCAACAUUGCGAACCCCUACACAGCGAUGAAGGCACUGGAAACGGUGGUAGGCAUCGCCAUCGGCUCACUCACCUUCACGGGCUCCGUGGUGGCUGCCGGGAAGCUGCACGAGGUAAUCCCAGGCAAGCCCAUCAUCCUCCCGCAGCGGUGGCUGCUGAAUGGUGGGGCCUUAGCAGGUAGCAUCGUCCUGACGGCCCUUUUCCUGAAUCCUGCCACCUACGCGUCGCAUGCGGGGUCGGCCCUCCUGCUUGCCAACACCGCCAUCUGGGGCUUCCUUGGGGUGAACAUGGUGCUUCCCAUCGGAGGAGCCGACAUGCCAGUGGUGGUGUCGCUGCUGAACGCUUUCAGCGGCCUGGCCACAAGCGCGGCCGGCUUCAUGCUUUCCAAUGACCUGCUCACCAUCUCUGGUGCUCUCAUCGCCUCAAGUGGUACGCUGCUCUCAGACAUCAUGUGCCGCGGGAUCAACCGCUCCAUGUACAACGUCUUGCUGGGAGGCUUCGGCACAGAUUCCACCAGUGCUGCGACGGCUGCAGCUGCUGGCGGCAGGGAAAAUGUGAGCGAGGUUUCUGCCGUCGGUUUCGUCGGCAUGCUCUUUGGGGCCAAGAAGGUGGUGAUCGUUCCGGGCUACGGGCUCGCAGUUGCAAGAUGCCAGCAAAAGCUGGCAGAGAUUGUAGCCAUGCUCAGGAAGCACAACGUCAUUGUGCACUUUGCCAUCCAUCCUGUUGCCGGUCGUAUGCCUGGCCACAUGAACGUCUUGCUGGCAGAGGCUGAUGUGCCGUAUGACAUUGUAAAGGAGAUGGACGAGAUCAAUGCUGAGCUGCCAACAUACGAUGUUGGCAUCGUGGUCGGGGCGAACGACAUUGUCAACCCAGCCACGCAGGACGACCCAAGCAGCCCGAUCUAUGGCAUGCCAGCUAUCGAGAUCUGGAAGUGCAAGCAGUGCGUGGUGCUGAAGCGAUCCAUGGGCACAGGGUACAGUGGUGUCGACAAUCCCCUCUUCUACCUGAGCAACGUAAAGAUGCUCUUCGGGGAUGCUAAGCAGUCAAUGGACAGCAUCAGCAGCUGCCUGGAGGACAGCCACGACCGCUUCACGGCCGCUGCGGGCGCCAGCUCCUCAGGGGACCAGCACGAUGCCACGCAAGGCGUCGAGCCGGAGGUCUUCCCCGAGGCAACGCGGGUCAUCGGCAUCGUCCGCGAGCGACUUCCAGGCGAAGCUCGUGUCAGCUUCGCUCCCUCAGCCGUCGUCAAGCUUCGGCGCAUGGGCUUUUCCAUCCUCUUGGAAGCCGGCUCUGGCACAGCCGCUGGCUUCACCGACGAGGAGUACACCAGGCACGGCGGCGUGCAGGUGGCGGAGUCCUCCGUGGAGGUCCUGAAGCAGGCCGACAUCAUCUUCAAGGUGACCGAGCCGCUCUUGGACGAAGUGCAGAUGCUGCAAGGGACCCAGACGAUGGUGGGCUUCUGGAACAUGUACGGCACCCAGGAGCUCCUUGCGGCUCUGGCGCAGACCUCUGCCUCGGUGGUGAACCUGGCCCUGGUGCCCCGCGUCUCGCGAGCGCAGAAGCUGGAUGCGCUGACCUCCAUGGCCAACAUCGCUGGCUACAGAGCCAUCCUCGAUGCCUUCGCCCGCUUCCCCCGCUUUAGCCGAGCAGGGUCCACGGCUUUUGGCUCCGUUCCGCCGGCAAAGGUCUUCGUGAUCGGCGCCGGGGUGGCCGGGCUCAGCGCCAUUGCCACAGCACACUCGCUUGGCUGCAAGGUCUUCGCCAACGAUGUGCGCGACGCCGCCCGGGAGCAGGUGGAGUCGAUGGGCGCGCAGUUCAUCGCCGUCGACGCGCAGGGCAUCGCAGGCGAGGGUGCGGGAGGCUAUGCCACGGUCAUGGGCGAGGACUUCACCCGUGCCCAGCUGGCCACGUACGCACGGGUCAUCCCCGACAUGGACGUGAUCGUGACCACGGCGAUGAUCCCGAACAGAGCAGCCCCCGAGCUGAUCACCAGCGAGAUGGUGGCCACCAUGCGCAAGGGCUCGGUGAUCGUUGAUCUGGCGGCACAGACCGGCGGUAACUGCGUCUACACUGAGCCGAACAAGGCGGUCGUCACACCGAACGGUGUGACAGUGGUGGGAGAAACAAACUACGCCUCCCAAAUGGCAUCACAGUCAAGUGAGAUGCUGGGAAGCAACUUCGCUGCCCUUCUCGAGGUCCUCGGAUCCGCCGAGAACUUCGGUGGGGAGCACUGGGACGACCCGGUGGUGAAGCCGGCUAUCGUGGCGCGAGGGGGCGCCGUCGUUUGGGACCCCAACCCGCCAAGGCCCCCGGCGCCCCCGGUGGGGAGCGCCGUGGAGGCCAACGUCGGCGGCUUCGGCGGCGCGUCGCCGGUGCCUCCCCCGGUCCCCGCAGAAGCCAAUGCCGUGGUGGCUUGGAUCCAGGAGCACAAGGACGAGUUGGCCCUGGGCGUCGGGGGGGCUGUCGUGCUUGGCCUCGGCCUGGCAGUUGACAUCCCAGAGGCAGAGGUCACGCACUUGGGCUACUUUGUCCUCUCGUGCUUGAUCGGAAACUUCACAGUGGCCGGCGUGACCCCGGCGCUGCACACUCCGCUCAUCAGCGUGACCAACGCCAUCAGCGGCAUCAUCGUCGUCGGGGGCAUGCUGCAGCUCAGUGGUCCCGUGCUCUCUGCGCGGGUGGCCUGCGCGCUGGCAGCUGUGUUCCUCUCCAGCGUGAACAUCGUGGGUGGCUUUGCCGUCACGGCCCGAAUGCUGGACAUGUUUCGCGAGGAUGCCAACCCCAAGAAGGCUCUGGCAGAGAGGUCCUGA